GCUGGAAGGAAAUAGAACUGGAGAGCUUCCCAGGUGGGAUUUCUGCCUGAGAUAAUUUGCUGAUGGUACAGGUGAAAAGAGGCAUCCUAUUGGGAAAUCUUAUCACAGAAAAACGGGGACUGGGACUAACGGGGAUAAUAUAAAAGGAAACAAAGAGUAAAGUAACUUUAUGCCAGAACGACUGCCAUUCUGAUAUGAUGGAUCCAAGAAAGAAACAUGAUAGAAGUGUGCGAGGGAGAGGAAUCAGCAGGAUGAAUCGUCUGGGGCCUCAAAUUAUGCAUCGUUUGGACCAACUUUUGGAGUUUAUAAAUUUCAACAGCAAUAUUGAACUAGAUUAUCUCCAGAUCGCACGAAGUCUUGAGGUGAUACACCAGCGGUGCCUUCAACUAGAUCGUGACUUGAAGAAAGUACAGGAGCAGUUGCGGCAGUCUGAAUUUGAGCGUUCAGGGCUGGAGGUGAAGCUGAAACAUGCCCGCAACCAAGUGGAGGUGGAGAUGAAGAAAAGGCAUGGGGCAGAAGCCGAACUAGAAAAGCAGGAACGCAAGCUGAAGCUUAUCUAUGCCUACCUAAUGACUGAUUCACAGACCGCUCCUCUCAGCGAAGAUCAGUGUUUCUGCCACAGUACCCUGCUGCCUGGCAAAUGCUGUAUGCCAGGGGACGUAUUAUCUGCAGUGGAAGAACUUGGUGCCUCAUGUUUGUCUGAUAUCAGCUUUGACCGCUCAGAUGAUGAAAUAGAACGUGGCACAAGGCCUGUCAAAAGCAGAGACAGACGGCGCUCCUCCCUGGCACCCCUCAUUCAGCCAAUUGUGGCAGCCAAGCGGACAAGGCCAUCUGUCACAGCUUCUUCCAAUUCUUCCCCGGUCAAUGGGAUACCUGUGAUGACCCUGAAAACUGGAGUUAUCGCUGAAAACAGUUCGGUCCCAAUUGCCGCAAUAUUCCAUCGCCGUUCCCAGCCAAACCAUCAGGUCUCCACAAACUCAGAUCUCCCUACAAUCCGGGACAGGACUGAGGAUUCACCUGGAUGUAGCACUCAGGCUAGGAAUGACGUCAUCAACACAGCAACUGGGUCUAAUCAAAGGAGUGCUCAGGAAACUUUCACUCCACCUCCUCCUCAAGAAAUACCCACAUUCCAACAGCACCACUUUACUUCCAAGAGGGUGAUCCGUUUGGAGUGUUGUGCAGUUUGCAAAUCCCGACUACAUUUUGGAAAAAUGGCCCUCAAAUGUCGUCCCUGCCAACUCCAGGUGCAUCCUGAGUGCAAAGAACGCUGCCUGGUUCCGUGUACACCUGGUGCCCAUCCCACAACAAGAGAGGGCACUCUGGCUGAUUUUGCACCCCCCACACCACCUCUGGUGCCCCCCAUAGUGAUUCAAUGUGUGAAUCAAGUCGAAAAGCGUGGCCUGCGGGAGACUGGACUGUAUAGAGUGCCAGGUGCUGAGCACCUUGUUCGUGAAUGGAAAAACAAACUGCUCACAUCCCAGAAAUCACUCCCUUCUCUUGAUGAUGUUGCUGAUGUGAAUGUGAUCUGUGGCAUUCUCAAGGACUUCUUGAGGAAUCUGAAGGAACCCCUUGUUACUUUCUGCCUGCAUUCUGCCUUCCUGCAUGCUAUAGAAAUUCCAGAUGAUCCUUCCCGUCAUACUGCACUCUGCCAUGUUGUGAUGAAACUUCCUGUGGCCAAUAGGGACACGCUGGCUUUUCUCAUGCUCCAUCUGCACAGGGUUAUGCAGAGCCCUGAAUGUCGUAUGGAUCAGAAUAACCUGGCACGGAUCUUUGGACCAACAUUGGUUGGACACAGUACCCCCAAUCCUACCCCACUCACCAUCAUGAAAGACACACCGCGCCAAUGCCGGGUUAAGCUCCUCCAUUUUUGUCUACCAGGGAUGGUCCCUGGACCAAGAAGACAGAGAAAACCCUUCCACUUCCACAGUAAAGAGGCGACUUGUUUCACCUGCCACCAAGAACUGUGCUGUCAUCCCUACCAUGGCAUAUCUGCUUUUCGCCUUCCAGUAUCUCCAGGCCUUGGACUAGUGUCCUCCCAGAGUAGGGCGAGAUGUGUUACUUGAUCUUCUUCUCUGAUCUGGUCUUAUUACAACUUCAAUAAGCAAGAGUUCUCAGUAGAGCAAAACCCUUACCUUUGAUGUAUUGGGAAGGGUGAUAAAACUGUAACCAGGGCAGUGAGUACACAUACAGGCUGCCAUUCAUAUCUGAAACUGGGGGAUUUGAGAGUGAGGUGUUCUGGGACCAUCUGCUUGGAAACUGGGCAGCUGAGGGGGGAGUCAUAUAUACACAAUCACUACCAUUUUUGAUCCAUUACCCAUUGCAAAAAUGUGGUAGUGUCAUGCAAUUAUGAAAGGGGAAAGGGAUAAAUACCUUUUCCAGUAAUUGCUGUCUUUCCACUCAUAAGAAGCUGUUGGAAGGAGAAAACAACAGCUGGUUUAUUCAAGACUGCUGGGCCGCAAUUUCACUGACUAUUGACGAUGCUGUCUAGUCCUAAUGGGCGCUGUACUCCAGCCACUUUAAAACACUUUGGAUGUAUUAUUCUUUGUAAAAUGUAUUAAGAGGCUUCUGCAAUCUUAAUAAACAAGAUCAAACUAUUA